CUAGGUGUUUAGGUUUUGUAGUGCUGGCGCCACCUUCGUGGUGGGGGUCCCGGGGCCGGGUUGUGGUGUUUGAGUACCGGCUGGCAGCUCCGCAGCCCUGUCCUGUGAUCGCGCAGAAGUAGUAGUAGCAGCAGCAGCACCAAGGGCGCCAGGAGCCGUCUCCUGGACCGACGCAACAACCAUGGGAGUCUUCUCGUUCAAUACCAUCCUCGCCACGUCUUCGGAAGCCGCCUGCGACAGCAGCUGGGGUGACGCGCACGCCGCCUCGUCGUCGAUGAUGGCGGACCCGGAGUCCUCCUCGUACAAGUCCCCAAUGAGGCGCGGGGCGCUGCCGUCGAUACUGCUGACGGCACUGGUGGCGCUGGCGUUGCUCGAUCGUCUGAGCCGGUGGUGGCGCGAAAGGGGCAGCGGCUCGCGCUGGACGACACUGCGGUUGCGAGUAAGGGGCACGGGGCUGAUGGGGGGGGCGGUGGCGGCGACCGUGUCGAUUUCGAAGCUGAGCGUGCUCCCUCGACGAUGGCUCAGAGCGCGGCGGACCAUGGCCUAUGCUGCUAUGACUGUCAAAGUUUCGAUGAUGGCUCAACUCUCCAGCGGACUACUUGAUCCUGCCCAGGCGCACGGUUCGGUUGCGUCGUGUGUUGUCGUGUCGUUUGUGCACAGGUGCAGAACGGACCGAAUUGGACGGCGUCGAAAGAUGGCUACCACCGCUCUUCAUAAAUGUAGUUGCGAGAACUUGAGCGACCCGCAUCGGAGGGGAGGUGUGGAGGAGGAUGCGUGGAGUAAUUGGAUUGGCGACGAUGAGAAGGGCAACGUGUCUGAUGCGACGAUAAUGAUGUUAGUACACGCGCGCGCCGUGUGCGUGGUUGCGUGUGUAGUGUAGAGAAUCUGGAAAUCUUCAAGAGGUGUGCAGCGCAGAUCCGAGGACAUCAGCACUUGCGCCUUUACGAUCUUCUCGGCUUGAAACCGCCACUCUCUCGAAUCGGCGUAUUCGGCGUGCACGGUACGGGCAACGGGGCUCCCUUGCUGGG